CGUAACUCCGUGAUUACCGUGUGCUGGUUGAAGGGUAAAACACGUCCCCUGCGGAGGUGGCGAAAGCGGGGGCUCAGGACCCGCGGUGUGCCGAGAUCGGAGGAGAAGGGGCCGGGGCUGCUCGCCGGGGCACCCUGCAGCCCCGGGGGUCCCUGCGCGCUGCCCGCCGCUCACCGCCGCUCUCUCCCUCCCGCAGCGGUGCUGAAGGCGGAGCCGGCCGCCGUGUUUAAGUUCCCGCUGGCUCCCCUGGGCUGCUCGGGGCUGGGCUCGGCGCUGCUGGCCGCCGGCUCGGGGCUGGGGCUGGAGCCGGGCGCCCCGGAGCCGGGCAAGGCCAAGAAGGGCCGCCGCAGCCGCACCGUCUUCACCGAGCUGCAGCUCAUGGGGCUGGAGAAGCGUUUCGAGAAGCAGAAAUAUCUCUCCACGCCCGACAGAAUAGACCUGGCCGAAUCGCUGGGGCUCAGCCAGCUCCAGGUGAAAACCUGGUACCAGAACAGGCGCAUGAAAUGGAAGAAAAUAGUGUUGCAGGGGGGCGGCCUGGAGUCCCCCACCAAGCCCAAGGGUCGCCCGAAGAAGAACUCGAUCCCCAGCAGCGAGCAGCUCUCGGAGCAGGAGCGCGCCCGGGACGCCGAGAAGCCGCCCGAGAGCCUGGGCUCGCCGGCCGAGGUCAGCCAGGAGGAGUGAGGGGGCCCCCGCCGCCGCCCCCCGGCCUGGCCGGGCCGGCCCGAGAGGAUGGAGGGCAGCUCGGACAGUGGCUGCGGCCGCCCUCGGCCUCGGACAUUUGGACGCUUUGACCGCAGCCCGGCUCCCCUGCCCGAGCCCGCGGAGCGCCACGGCCGCUGUGCGGCGGCCCGAGGGGCCCGGAGGACACUGGAUCCCACCUUCCACAUCUACUCGCUGUCUAAAACCCUGUGGUGCCCCUAGUUAUUCGAAAACUGCAUUUUAUGAUCAGUUUUAUUAAUGCGAAGAUAUUUACUUUAUUUCAAUAAAGUAUUUUAUG